CGGCUCACAGGUGUAAAUAAAACGCUCCUCCAACCCUCACUUGAACACGUCGUAAACACUUGUGGAGAGAGAAAUCUAGAAUGGCCAGCCAGUUACCGGAUGACUUCAAAUGCCCUAUUUCACUUGAGAUAAUGUCCGACCCGGUUAUCCUCUCGUCGGGUCAAACCUUUGAUCGGAUCUCAAUUCAACGGUGGUUGGACUCAGGCCACCGGACCUGCCCGGUUAGUAAACUGCCGCUGCCGGAACCCCCUACGCUAAUUCCUAACCACGCCUUAAGGAGCCUCAUUUCCAACUAUACUCUUGUUUCGUUGCCUAAACCCCAGCCUUGCCCUUCCAACCCGCAAAAUCUGAUUCAAACCCUUGUUUCUUCUUUGUCUCCUUUGGACGCCAAGCUGAAUUCGCUUGACCAGCUGAGCCGGAUGUCUAAACGCGACUCGGGGAUUCGCCGGAGGCUGACUGAAUCGGGGGCUGUGUCGGCCGUGUUGGACUGCGUCAACUCGAGCGAGUCAGGGCUCCAGGAGAAGGCCCUGCACUUGCUACUGAACCUUAGCUUAGAUGAUGACAACAAGGUGGGAUUGGUGGCGGAGGGCGUCAUUGGAAAGGUGGUAUCCGCCUUACGAUGCGGCGCUGGAGACUCGCGGGCGAUGGCGGCCACGGUUCUUACGAGCCUGGCGGUGGUGGAGGUUAACACUGUAACGAUUGGGUCCUACCCGGAUGCCAUUCCUGGCUUGCUAGCUCUGCUUUGCGCAGGAAAUUCAAGAGAGAGGAAAGAAGCAGCCACGGCUUUAUUCACUCUCUGCUCAUUCCCCGACAACCGUAUUCGGGCUGUACGGAGUAAUGCCGUUCCCAUAUUAAUCCACAAUGCUAAUUCAGGCCUGGAGCGAGCAGUAGAAGUUUUGGGUCUUCUGGCAAAAUGCAGAUUGGCCCGAGAAGAAAUCAUGAGAUUUGACAGGUUUUUGGAUAUCUUGAUUGAGGUUUUGAGAAAUGGGAGUUCAAGGGGUGUGCAAUAUGCCCUGUUGACUAUGAGUUCUUUGUGUAGUUAUAGUGAAAAGAUGUGUUUGGAGGCUCUAAAAUUAGGUGUAUUUGAGAUAUGUGUUGGUUUACUGGAGGAUGAUAAUGAGAAGUUGAGAAGGAAUGCAAAAACUCUCAUUCAAGUUUUGCAAGGAAGAAAAAGAAUUACAUGAUCUCAUCAAAGUUUAAGGGUGCGGUUAAGUGAAGUGCAAGAUGUCUGCAUUAUGUCCAGAUUUUAUCUUGCCAUAGAUUUCCAAUUUGUCACUAGAAAUAUCUUUUGGAGGUGUUCAUGCAUAUGUAAGUCCCUCGUGUGGCUAUUGUAUUAGGAGAGAGCAUGCUGAAGCUCUGGGUUUUAUUACCCAUGUCUUGUUAUGAUUUUUUCUUGAUGCAGUUCCAAUUUAUUUUGGGGUUAUGUUGCAAUUGUACUGUAUAGUAUUAUUUGCGAAUUUAAUUAUAAGCUUCCCAUAUUUGCAACA